UAAUAUUGAAACAUAUAACAAUAUUGUAUGUCGUUAAAUUUUUAUAUAGUUUUCAUUUUAAAAUAAUGUUUUGUUUCCAUAAAUCAUGUUGAAUAAUAUAAAGCGUUUUACCACAUAUGUACUUGUUUUAGUCUGUACAACGCAAUGUAGAAAAUACGACGUGAACGAAGAAGCCCAUAAACUCUACGGUGAAGACUUAGACUCGGUACUCCAGAGGUUCAGACGGACUCCGGAAUAUUUGAAGAUAUUAAACUAUAAGUUGGAAGACUUGACAAAGUCCAUGGAACGAAUCUUCGCGGAAACUUUCUACCACUAUAACACUGAGUUGGAAACGGAAGUCAGGAGAAUGUUUGGCGGGAACGCCACACAGCUCCGAUCGUUUCAUCACCCUUUUGAAAAAAUCAUUAAUAGGAAAAGAAAAAUUUUAAAAUCCGGAACUACUAAAUCUCGGGUCGAUGAACUCGAUACCUACCUGAAGCAGUUUUCGGUACUUAGUAUAGAAGAAUCGAACCGCGUCCGAGAGAUAGGGUAUGAAUAUUUUGGCCGGUGUCUCCAUGCGUUCAUGGAAAACUUCGCGACGGAAGACAGAUUGCCAAUUUCAACGCAAUUACCGGAUGGGGGUGAUCAGUCAUUAAAGAUUACAACGGAACAUAAUCACCAGGUAACUAAAACAAGAGAGACAACGGAAACGGAAACUACUGAAGGAGACUACCUCACCACCAUUGCUCCACCAAUUCUUCGAACCUUCAAACCUAUUAAUACCUAAUUAAAAUAUCACACUCAAAUUUUGUAAAAGCAAAAAAUAAAUAGUCUUUAUAACAUAAUUAUAAUAAAAUAUACCAUUGA